CGCCCGCACCAUGCGCGCCGCGCCGCCUCCCGCGCUGCUCCUGCAACCGCCACUGCUGCUCGCGCUCCUGGCCGCGCCCGCCGCCGGCGCCCGCACAGCCGAGCCCGCCGCCCCGCCGCCGCCCGGCCCGGGGCCCGGCAACGCCACCGGGAUGCGCUCCGGGGAGGCGGCGGGCGGCGGCGGCGGCAGUUCCAACAGCAGCGGCGACGCCCUGGUGACCCGCAUCUCCAGCCUGCUCCACGACCUGCCCACCCUGAAGGCGGCCGUGAUCGUGGCGUGCGCCUUCACCGCCUUCCUCAUCGCCUGCCUGCUGCUGCGCGUCUUCAGGUCGGGGAAGAGGUUGAAGAAGACCCGCAAGUAUGACAUCAUCACCACUCCAGCUGAGCAAGUGGAAAUGGCCCCGUUGAACGAAGAGGAUGACGAAGAUGAGGACUCCACAGUAUUUGACAUCAAAUACAGGUAAACCCUGUUCUCCAGCAUGUUGGCAUCCUGUGGAAAGUUGGUCAGCUGCAGCUGGGGGUGUGAAGGAUCUGGAAGCUGUCCCGUCCGAGGUGUUGAAACCAAAACAAACAUUAUUUAUGAAACCCUGGCACAGUUGUGUGUGUGGAACGUCGGCUCCGAGUGUCACUGCAGGAGACACCACCCUCCGGACACCCCUUAAAAAUAUCACCCUUUCUUUGAUCCUCAAGAGGGCUUUUGCCUUGCAAAGGGGCAAGGGGUAGAAACAUGCUGAUUUUAAAAAUAAUUUUAAAGCAACUGUCGACAAAAGUAAAAGAGAUCAGAAGUUAUCAAGAACCUAAAAAGAGGCUAAAGGAUAUUCAGUGACAUAUUUAGGGUUUCUGACAGUCUGUACUCCUGGAUCUACAAUGUUUUAGACAUCUGACCCUUCGCGGUCUUUCUGGGCUUGCCUGAGCUCUGGCCUUUUGUUGGUAGUGGCUGCGUGACAUUUCAGAGUGCAAGGGCUCAGAGCUGCUCAGCUUGUAGCAGAUGUAAACACGUCCUAUGGCUCCUUUUCUUUUUUCCAAAGGGUUCGGCAGAAUUAGGCAAGGCUAGGUCACAAAGAAUUCUGAAUAUCGGAGAAACCUAUACCUGUGUGUGUGCAUGUGUGAGCAUGUGUGUGUGGUGUAUACGUGUGUGUGUGUAUGUACAUGUGAGAUAAUUUCUCCAUCUCUAAGGAGAAAAGAAAGUGCUUGGCAGCCUUUGGUUAGUAACAUCUGUUGUGUGUUUCUCUGCCUGUCACUGUUCUGCAUUGUUGGUCUUAGAAAUGGAAUUUAAAAAAAAAUCACUGUGAUAAUUUAAAUGAAUGGUGAUUUGGUUGGCUGAAAAAAGCCCACUGCCAGGAACUAUGUUUGCAGUUGGACCAGGCCAGGCUGGCCUAGGAACCCACCUGGACCCAGGAAGUUACUGCAGGAAGGCCCCUCCUGCAGGUGGGGCUGGGGCUUUGGGUGCUGGUAUCUCACAGCUCGAGUGCCGGACACUUGCCGGCUUCUGGAAGCAGGGCCCUGGGCUGACUUCUCAGGAUGAUAGAGGCCUCCCGUUUCACUGUUUCCCCAGGGUUAUUUGCGAAUUAUCCUUCUGCUAAAGUCUCCUAGCAGUGCCUUUGGGGCCAGGCGACUCUGUUCUCUCUGGAAAGGUGUUUUGUUUUCUUUUGUUUUGUGUUUGAUCUCCUCUUUUGUGGCAUUCUGCAGGGUUUGCAUAUUUUCCUGUUUAUUGUCUCUUCCACUGCUGGGGAUGAAAACUCUAAUAUCUUGCCCUGCUCGCCCCUAUUUUCAGAUUUUUCAGUUUCCUGAGAAGGGGCUGUCCUGCUUUGGGGUCCCCUGUUUCCCAAGACCCACUGGGCAUGGGUGCUCAGCAGCCCUGGCCCAUCAGGCUGGCACUUCAGCCUCUGGGGAAAGGAGGAUGCCCGGGGCAGCCACUCUGAGGACAGUGGCCUGCUGCUCCUCAGCUGCCUUCUGUGAUCUUGCUGCUUUUGUUGACUUUCCUUCUCCCUUUCUCCGCCCUGUGUGCCAGAGGGGUGGGCCUGCCUUCUCUCUCCCCUCCACCGUGUGCUCAUGCGCCAGGGUGGUGACUAACCAGGACGGGCCACCUAGCAGCUGUGCGCCCUCGGGACCUUUGAACUGGAACUGCGGUUCCCACUUGCCUUCCCUACAGCCGUGGGUGGACCUUCUGCCGAGAAGCUGGAUUCCUCUGCGCGACGCACGAACACGGGCCUCUGUCUGCCAGGUGCUCGCCCCACCGAGGAUGACCUUCCAGAUGCCAGGGCUUCGGCAC